AUGACUAUCAUACUCAUCAUCUACAUUUCCCUGCUAUGCUACGCCGGUUUUCGCCAUCAACAAUCCGACGCGCCGGUUAAACCGGUUACUAAAACCGGUUUAUCUUCCGCUGAGCUUCAAAAACUACCGGUUACCACAGGGAAAGAUCUGGUGUUGGAUAUGGAAUGUGCGGUUUGUUUGGACGAUGUUGAACCGGAACAGCUUGCUCGCAUGUUCCCCGGUUGUAACCACGGGUUUCAUCUACAAUGCGCCGAUACUUGGCUUUCCAAAAACCCGGUUUGCCCGGUUUGCCGGAAUAAACUUGACGCCAGUUUCUUUGCUGAAGCAGAAACAAACCCAUGUUGA